GAGGCAAUGCGCAUGAACUAUUUCCACAGUACCUGUACAUGUAUUGGGUCCUAAGGAUAGUCCGUUGACCAAACUAGAGAUGGCUGGACAUAAAGCAUGCUAUUGCGCUUCAAGCAUUUAAUCAAACUGUUCUGUUAGGUUAAUCUUAGGAGAAACAGCAGCAGCUUCAAGGUAUGCAGCGCGACGACGAGCUAGAUUCCCUUGCUAGGAGUUCUUUCAGCUUUGGGGGCGGCCAUCGAUCUAAUAGAGGCUCAGCAAACAUGUCUCAAGACGCCAAGACGGCGGCGCAGCUCUUAAAGCUUCAAAAGCUCGUCGAAUCUCUCGUUGUGCGCGAGUUAGAACGCGGAGGCGGUAGCAACCCAAACGAAGCCUCGGACAUAACACCUCGCCCGGACGCUUCCACACGCCAUCACCAGCGACCGCAGCACCUUCACCAACACCACAACGGCAGCGUUAACACCGGAGGCGCAGAUGGCAGCGGCGGCGGGGCACACAGCAGCGGCAGCCGCAAGCAACCAACGCACCGUGACUCCUCCGUCAGCUCAGCUACCUCCUCCCUGGACGAUAGCCUAGCAAGCAGCGCUCGCGGGCUUGCAGAUGCGCCCGCACGUGCGUACGGCAGCAACGGUGCUGUACGGCAUCAUGCCCUGGCACCCCAUGCAGCGGCCGCUGCCGCUGCCGCUGCCAUGAGGGCACCUGGGUUUCGGAGCCCGGGUCGGCUGUACGGCAUUGGCGGCGGCGGUAGCGGCCCUCUGGACGAAGGUGUCCAUGUGCAGGUGGCCACGUUGCAGGGCCAGCUAGCGGUGUUGGGUGAGCAGCUCAAUUCCGCAUAUCGGGCAGCGGACGGCGUCACGUCGCCUCCACGAGCCUCCGCUGCAGCGACGGCUGCGGCGGCGGCAGCGGGAAUGGCGGCGCUGCGUAGCCAUGCGCAGGGGCAGAUGAAUGGAGCAGCAGCGGCAGCAGCUGCAGUAGGUGUCUCGGGCGGCGGUCUUUUCUCGGAGUACGGAGCUACGCAGAACUACUUGACAGCCUCCAUGCCCCAGCGCCCCGCCAGCAGCCCACCACCAGCGGGCUCCAUGACCCAGCGGAACCCGCCGCAGUAUCUCACUUCGGCGGCGGGCAUGACGGGUGGCAGCGGCAUGACGACUCUGACGGUUGGCGACUUCCCUGGCGAAGCAACCUUUGGCGGCGGCGGUGCUGGCGGAGCCGGCAACGGGGGUGGUAGCGGAGGAGCCACCCAGGCGGGAGCCGCCAACCGCAUGCGCCAGUUGGCGGCGGAGGAGCGGGCCGUACGGGAGGCCUCGGUACGGGAGGACGAACGGCUCCGGAACUGGAUCCAGGAUUUGCGCACGGAGCGGCGGAGGCUGGAGGACAGACUUCUGGAUGGCGACGGCAGCGGCGUGGCGGCGCAGCAGCUGAGGGAUGACCUGGAGAAACAGGUGCUGGGCCUGUCUCGGCAGCGCGAUCAGCUGGCCGCUGAGCUGCACGAGUUGGCAGUCAACAAGGCGGCCAAUGCACAGCUGGCGGGGCAGGUUGAGGCGCUGGAGGCAGCGCUGGCUACCGAGGUGGAGCGAGUGGCGAGGUACAAAGAGGUUCGUCCCGCACUGGAGGCUCGUCUGGCUGACGUGUCGGGCUCCCUGGAGUCCCUCCGGCAGCAGCACGCAGCGGCCCUGGAGGUGCUGGCGCAGGAACGGGACGCAGCGCUGCAAAAGGCCAAGCGGGCGUCCAAGCGCUGCUCCGAGCUGGAGCUCUCGUUGGAGGGAGCCAACGCGGACAUACGCCGGCUGCAUGAGGAGAUUCGGUCUCAGGCGGCGUCGCUUGCCGAGGCUCGCGCCAGUGGAGAGGUCAUGCAGGCGACUAACCAGCAAAUGCAGACCAACAUGGAGGCGCAGGCGCGCGAGACGGCCACGCGCCUGGCUACAGUGCAGGCCCAACUAGAGUCCAGCCAGUCCGAGUGUGCCAUCCUGCGGCGACAGCUGGAGGCGGCGCAGCAGGCGGCAGCGGGGCUGAGGGAGCAGCUACAAGAGGCCACGUCGCGUGUGGAUGCGCUGAGCCAGGAGCGCGAGCAGCUGUCGUGCAGUGUGGCGGAGGAGCAGCGCGGAGUGGCGGCAGCAAGGCAGCAAGCGGAGUCGCUGGGGGCGCAGCUCAAGGCCAGUGAGGAAACGCGCGCGGAAGCCGCUCGCGCCGCCUCGGCGCAGCUGGAGGCUCUGAGGCGGCAGCAUGCGUUGGACUUGGCUGCAACCCAGAAGCAGUACGAAUCCCAGCUGGCUGCUGCUGAAAAGCAGUACUUGCUGCUGCAACGGCAGUACGACGCGGGCCUUGCGUCCAGCGACAAGGCGGCGGAGGCGGCAGUCGCGUUGCGGCGGGAGCGCGACGCGCUGUGGGCUGACACGGAGAACCUCCGGGCUGAGCUGGAUGAGGUGCGCAAGGAGAAGGCUGACGUGUCCGCUAAGCUGACGGCGCUGCGGACGGAGGUUCGGGCCACCAUGGAGGAGGUAGCCAGGGACAGGGAUGCGCGUGUGGCCGCUGCUUCAGGUCAGACGGAGCUUCUGGUGCGGGAGGCACGAGCGGAGGCGGACCGGCGAGUGGCUGCUGUACAACAAGAGUACGACAACAAGCUGACGGGCUUGCGUGAGGUGUCUGAGAAGCUGCGUUGUGAGGCGAGUGAGGCGCAGCGGCAGCUGGACAAGUACCGCCACGCGAUCGGGCGCUUGAAGGACCAGGUACGCGACCUGCUGCUCAGUCGUGACGCAGCCGAGCGGGAGCUGGCAGCGGAGAAGGCCUUCAACGAGGAACUCAACCGCAUUGUGACCGCCAUUCGGUCCGAGCAGCAGCAGCAGCAACAGGCGGGAGGGCUGAGAGCGGCGGGGUCAGGCACGGGCACGGGAUCGGGGACCGGGUCGGCGUUGGGAAUAGGGCUGGCGUUGGGGCUGGGGACGCGCGGUCUGGGAUCCUCACACACGCCAGGCAGGUGAGGCUGUUGGGGCUGAAGGGGUGCGAGGCAGGGACGGUUUGUAGUGGUUGGCAUGCUCCAGGGAAGGGCGGCGCUAAGCUGGUGAAGGUUGUAUCGGCUGGGAUAAGGCGUGAGGUUGCCAUGGUGUCGUCUGUAGAUGGUCUGGUUGUCUGUAGCUUGACAGUGGAGAUGGCGUGCGAUCGGCGGAGCGUACCUUGAAUACUCGUAGAUUGGACAUACGGCGCGUGUGUGCGCUUAGCUUGGACCUACAUUAACAGCGUUACUACUAGCCACGAGUCGAGUGCUCUGGUAUAUGCUGAGGAGCCGCAUUUCGGAGCCGAAAGGUUUAGUGAACGUCACAAUAAACACGUUUUCCCAUUAGAAUGGUAACAUGAGGGACGAAGAGCGAAGCGACGGGGUGUGUGAACAUGUCGCAAUAAAUACCCGUGUGCAGCAGCAUUUGGUGCCCGCCACGAUUUCCGCCACGGCUGCGCGCGCAAAUAGGGACCUGUGGGAUGGCGGGCCAUGCCGUACUCACCUGGAAAUGGUGGUGUCGUACUGCAGUACCUGGAUUCUGCUGCUGUCCAUCAAUACGACAGGCAGACUGGCAGCAAUGGGUAGACACAUGAUGAGUUCGGUUUGAAGGUGGUGGGUGCAACUGACUAUCAUACGUGACGUCAGAGGACGCACGUACGGUCCUUGUACGUACGGUAACAUGCUGUUGUCGCCUUGGUGUGUUCUCGGCUUUGCCUUACCUACUCAUUCAUUUAACAAGUCCAUCUCAGUUGGGGCAUUGGGUUGGAAGAGGCCACAUAAUGCGGUACUUCCCCCUUGCUUCCCACCUGCUCAAAUACGGUUAUUGAAAACGCGCCCAUACG